GCGCCUCUCAUCUCUCUUUCUAUAAAAUUGGGGAAAAAAUGGAGGAUUUUUAGAGAGAGAGAAAGAGAAAGAGUGGAAAAAUGGAAGGGAAUCAAGGGAUCAAGGAUCAGGGCGCUGUUGUUCAUGGGGUUUCAUCAGGGUCGAAAUUGAGGUACCCGUUGAGAUCGGCUACCAAAUUGAAGGAGGAGAAGCAGGCAAUGGCUGGAGAGAAAUCGGGGGGUUCUUCGGCUACAAGGAGGGGAAGGCCCAAAUCAGAAGUUAGCAAGAGUGUGAGUGUGCUUGAUCUAUCUGGCAAGGAUAAAAUAGCAAAAGUACCAGGAAGGCUCUCUUUCCCUUCGAAAUCUAGUCCUCGGCCAGCGACCUCUGGAAGCGUAACUCCCAUAUCUGAGGCUCGAACAAGGAGGACUAACACUCUAGGAAAGAGUGAAACACCUCUUUCUAAUGUAUCCAGGUCUUCAGGCCAAAGGAGGUUCAAUGUUCUGUCAUCGGUGUCUUAUUGGCUAACACAAAUCAAACUAUCAGAAUCGGCUGGAAAACACUCAAUCUCACUUGGUUUCUUCAAGCUUGCCUUGGAAGCAGGAUGUGAGCAUAUACAGCGACUGCGGGAGGAGCUUAAGUCAUAUGCAUGCAGAUAUAACCUCGUCUCCGAAUUAGGAGAAAGUGUCAAAGAUCUUAUGCAGAGCUAUAACAUCUUAGAAGAAUUUGAGAAGCUAAGCAUUUCUGGAUCCUGUUCUGAAUCACCUAGAGAUGGAGGAAUGCAUGUUUCAGAUGAAGAUGUUCACAACUCCAACACAACAAAGACUGGAAAUCUGAAACCCAAGUUGGUUAAUUCUGAUGCUCUUGGAAUUAGAGAAUCAAAUAAACUGAACACUGUUCAUAAGAAAAUUCCUACUCCCAGAAACAAGUCAUCAGUUGACAAGAACUCUAAAACUGUGACUUCUACUGAACAAAAGAGAUCUCAGAGGCUUAAAAAACCAGAAUCUAAUGCUGAGAAGGUGAAGAUCAAGUCUUCAUUGAGAGGAACUCCAAUUCCUGCUGAAAAAGUGGAUUCAAUUGAUACUUCACAAGCUGAUGAGGAGGAGGCAUUAUCACAAGAAGAGAAGGAAAACAUGGAUGUCCAGCUAAUGGAGCAAGAAAUCCAGACAAACUGAUCCUCCUGCCUUGUGAGUUUUCGCUGUAAAGAUAAAAGUUCAAUCCCC